UCCGUCCCUACGCAGAUCAUUCGGUAUUCUUUCCUUAAAUUCCAAAACAAAUGCUUACAUCACAUGGAUAUGGAUUCUCCACACAACUAAACUCUUUCUAAUGUCCAAAUUUCAGAAUAUAACCCACUAGUUUAUUUUUCCACCCUCUCUCCUACUAAUACACGCAUAUUCUUUUCCAUUCCCAGCCGCGAUUAUCAUAGUAAACUCAUAGUCUCUUCUUCUUAUCAGAGAACAAACCAUCAAAAUGGAGACAAGUGAAAAGAUUGGAGGAGGAAAUGACAUUUUCGAAGAUAAUCAUAUCUCUAAUGACGGUUCUAUUUGUGGUUAUGACUCCCUUCAUCACCUCCUCUGUGCCAAUCUCAAGCCUCAUCUUUUCAAGGAAGUCAGCCGGUUACUUCUCGGAAUGAAUUGUGGAAAAGCAAUUGAAACUUUAGUUCUUCCAGACUCUGCAAAAGUUAUCUCUUCAAAACAUGAUUUUGACCUCCAGGCCUUUCGCUUUGGUGCUGAUAAGGAGUCAUUAAGAGAACCUCGAGUAGUUCGGGUGGGUCUUAUUCAGAAUUCCAUAGCUCUUCCAACAACAGCUUCUUUUGUGGACCAGAAGAGGGCUAUUUUUCAGAAAUUGAAGCCAAUGAUUGAUGCUGCAGGUUCUUCAGGAGUCAACAUAUUAUGCUUGCAAGAAGCAUGGAUGAUGCCAUUUGCAUUUUGCACUCGGGAGAAAAGAUGGUGUGAAUUUGCAGAGCCUAUAGAUGGGGAAUCAACACAAUUUCUUCAGGAAUUUGCACAAAAGUACAACAUGGUCAUCAUAAGUCCGAUUCUUGAGAGAGAUGAUAAUCAUGGAGAGACUCUUUGGAACACUGCAAUUAUAAUUGGAAAUCAUGGUAACAUAAUUGGCAAGCAUAGAAAGAACCAUAUACCUAGAGUUGGUGACUUCAAUGAAAGCACAUAUUAUAUGGAAGGAAAUACCGGGCAUCCUGUGUUUGAGACAGCAUAUGGAAAGAUUGCAGUUAAUAUAUGCUAUGGGAGACACCAUCCGUUGAAUUGGUUAGCAUUUGGCUUGAAUGGUGCAGAGAUUGUUUUCAAUCCAUCCGCCACUGUCGGUGAACUCAGUGAACCAAUGUGGCCCGUUGAGGCUCGUAAUGCUGCAAUAGCCAAUAGUUACUUUGUUGGGUCUAUUAAUCGUGUUGGGACCGAAAUAUUCCCCAAUCCAUUCACUUCAGGUGAUGGGAAGCCACAACACUCUGAUUUUGGGCAUUUCUACGGGUCUAGUCAUUUUUCAGCACCAGAUGCUUCUUGCACGCCUUCUCUUUCCCGUUAUAAGGAUGGACUGUUGAUCUCAGAUAUGGACUUAAACCUGUGUAGACAGCUGAAAGACAAGUGGGGAUUUCGAAUGACUGCUCGAUACGAGUUAUAUGCUGAUAUGCUUGCUAGUUAUUUGAAGCCAGACUUCGAGCCCCAAAUCAUUUCUGAUCCCUUGUUACACAAAAAGUCUUCAUAAGUAACAGGUACUGUGCAAACUUGUAAUAUUAUAUCAAAUUAUCAACUGCAAUAAGUUCAGUGUGUAAAUCAUUCAACAUUGUUCAUCUGUCAUCGAACUAUGAUAUGGAUAAAUUGAUGGUAAAUAACCAGCAAAUCCCACAUCACCAUUAAAGUGUUCUUUUUCAUUCUAAA